AUGCCACUCACUCCAGCCGAAAACUCGCUCAUAGAUGCUGCAAACGCAGUCAUCGAUGCCGUUCCCAGAGGCACAGCCGAGCGAAGAAUAACAGAUCAUACUGUGGGGUGCGUGACUCUCUGCUCUGACGGGCGAGUCUUCACCGGAAUCAACGUCUUCCAUUUCUCAGGAGGCCCCUGUGCAGAGAACGUCGCAUUUGCAAACGCAUCAGCGGCAGGAGUGGCAUCUGCUUCAAGCCCAGGAAUUGGAGAUGGAGCAAAGCUGACACACGUCGUGGCCGUGGCAAACGACCAGCGAGGCGUAAUCACCCCCUGUGGGCGCUGCCGCCAGCUCAUGUUUGAUUACUACCCUGAUAUAAAGGUGAUCAUUAAGGAUAGUGAGGGGUUGAGGACUGCAACUGUGGAUGAGUUGCUGCCGUUUGGGUAUGUUUCGGGUUUCAGAACGAAGGCGUAUCCACAUCUGGAAAGUGGGAAAGAACCAUGA